AUGGAUCAAUUCACCGCUGUUCCAAACCUAUCGGAAUCUAAAAACGUUGGCGAUCCACGCUUCACCAAGUCAUCCCGAAUCGUUUUAAGAUUUAAACGUACUGCCUACCUCUCGAUGCCCUCAACAAUCAAGUAUCUCGAUAUUAGCGAUGCGCGCUAUGAUGUCGAUGAGAUAUUCACAAAUGAUCGAUCACAAUAUCAUUUCGAAACUCUGAAAGUCAAUGGAUUCAGACCGGAUUCGCUAGAGAAUAUAAAGAUCGAUCACCUACAAAUUUCAUUUAGAGAUGAACACGGCUAUGAAGGUCUAUUAAGAGAUAUACCAAACGGUGUUAGAUAUCUAAGCUUCCGAUAUUGCAGUGCCAUUCAAUACAUUCAGAUACCAGAGUCUGUCAAAUUUUUUAAAGUCGAUUGCUAUGAUCAAUAUGAUCAUAUCGACUUUAUUCCAAAUGCACUUCAAGAGUUAAUAAUUAAAUAUGACAUCGGACAAACCUUUCGCAGUCUACCAGGACUGGUGAAUCCUCUAACAAUUCCAACAAUCGAUUCAGUAGAUCGAAUCUUCUUAAGAAAACUUGACGAUUCAAACUACCUAAUCUUUGGUCAAUCAAACAGUCGAUUCAUUGGAGCAUUCAUCAAUCAAUCACAACUUAUUAACAAUGAUAAUCAAUCAAAUAAAUUAGUUAAUUUAUCACAUUUGUUAUUAUCAAAUAUUGUUUUUUAUCUUGAUAAUAACAUAGAUAGAAUAGUAUUUACAUUAGUUUGUAAAAGAUGGUUCGACGAAAGAGAUAAAUAUUUAACAUUUAAUAUCAAAGAUAUCAAUGAAAUCAACAAAGAAAAUACAUCACAUAUCUAUUUGAAAUCAUAUAGAUCAUCAAUUAUCAAUUCAAUCAAACUUAAUAAAAAAUACAUGGGUGUGUUAUCAAUAUUUCAAGCGUUAGAAAUAAAUAUUGUUAUAUAUUUAGAUAAUCUCAAAGAUAUUGAUAAGAUUCAACCAAAUAUAAAGACUAUUGUUUUGUUUGGUGGAUUUGAUAAUCAGUUCGAUCAUUCGGUCUUUGAGAAUUUCUUUAGUGUGCUCUCCAAUUCCAAUGUAACAAAGUUAGAGAAAUGUGAUACAUUGAAGUAUAGAUUACCAGAGAAUCUGACAUCGCUGUCAUUAUCAGAUAGCUUUCCGAACGAAACUUUAUUGCCUGGCAGUCUACCAGCGAAAUUAAAGAAACUUUGUUUUGGUUCAAACUUCAAUCGACCUAUUCCAGCGGGUUUACUUCCAAAUACAUUGGAGAAAUUGAUAUUCGGUGAUCAAUUUGAUAAACCAUUCGAACCAGGAGUACUGCCUUCAUCUCUCAGAGUAUUAAAGUUUGUUGUUCCAUCGUAUAAACAGAGUUUCCAAGUUGGUGUAUUACCUCAGAAUCUAGAGGUAUUGGUUUAUUCCGGACAUUUCUCUGAGAUGACCGAAGAAGUAUUACCGACAUCUCUACACACUCUCCUAGAGGUACCAACCAGCUGGAUUCCAUAUUUGAAACCACUGACAAAUUUGAAGAGUUUGACCUUUACCAAUACGUAUAGUGCUGGCGAGAUCCCCAUUGACCUCAGUCUACUACCGACCUCACUCACCAAGUUGAUCAUCCGACCACCCUCUAGAUUGACAUCGACGAUGCCUACCACCAUUAAAGAUCUCAGUAUCAUCAAUUCACAAUACAAUAUCGAUGAGAUAUUCAAAGAUCGAUCGCAAUAUCGAUUGGAUUCUCUUGGUGUCUAUGCUUUCAAGCAUGAUUCGCUCGAGGGUUUGGCAAUCAAAGAGCUGGUAAUAGGAUUCCAUUCCGGUGUUAGAAAACUGGCUACAGUCGAGAAAAAACCCGAUAUCCUAAGAGAAAUACCAUUUGGUGUCGAAACACUUAGUUUUGGAUAUAUCUUUUCGGAUAUCACUCACCAUUAUUUUAUACCAUCGUCCGUAACCAAGAUGAUCUUUCCAUUCAAUCUUAUGGUCACUCGAUAUAAUAACGAGAUACCAUCAUCAGUGAAAGAAUUGGUUGUCAAAUCUCUUUCCUUGAACAAUGCGAAACUCCCAGUUAUUCCCAGUACUCUUAGCACACUCUCACUUCCAGAAGUGUCUAUUCCAUCAAACAAAUUUGACUGUCUUAACUUUCAUGUCGAACCAAGACUGAAUUACCAGAUAAGAAAAAUAGAUAACCAUUAUAUUUUUUUUGGUCAAUCCUUUAAUGAUAUUGUUGCAAUGAUACUUCCUAGUUUGGAUGGAUUUGUAGAAAGAUGUACAUCAUCGGGUAUCAAAAUAAAAUAA